GAAAUUAUGGACGGCGAGGAUGUAGCAACCUCAAUCCUUAUCUAGAUGGGAUCAUGAGGGUCCCAUCCCAGCCGUAGAAACAACGUGCCAUCCUUCUCUAUAAAUAUAUUAUUCCACCUGAGCAAGUCGGCACUGAAAUAAUUUUAUUUUAUUUUAUUUCGCCCACCGGAAAAUGUUGUUCUGCAAGGAGGACAAAGAGCUGGGUCGGCGGCAGGCCAUGGGGAGGUGCCCAUUGUGCGGCGGCAAAGUUGAGGCAGUGGACGUGGAGAGGAAAUGGAGGCUCUGUUUAGCUCCACUCUGUUUCAAAAUCAAGAGGAAAUAUUACUGUGUUAUGUGUGGUCGUCGUUUGGAAUUGUAUUAUUAAUCUUCUUCUUUUUCUUGGUUUCUUUUGUGUUCUUAGAUUGAAUGAGUUAUAUGUGACAAAGGGUUUCUGGGUUUCUUUUUCUUUUUGUUGGUGUAAAUGGGUUUAUGGAGUUUGAUUGCUUAUGAAUGUUUUCAGAGAGGGAGGGGAGAGAUU